CAUAAUAAUUUUAAUAUUUCUUUAAAUUGGAUAUUAACAAUCAUUUAAAAUAUAUAUAAACAUUAUUCAGCCGUCACUUAUGAAUUAUAGAUAAAUGAAUGCUAUAUUUGGUAUUAAAUUCUGUUUGUUCUCAACGAGAGGUCAUUAUAAAUUAUGCAAAUAUCAUUAAAAUAAUUAUUCUAUGAAAAUGGGAUGUUUUGGAGCCUUUAAAGAGGAUGACAAAGAUGAAAAAGAGCAGAAAGAAACAAAUAAAAAAAUAGAGAAGCAACUACAAAAGGAUAAACAGAUUUACAGGGCUACACAUAGAUUGUUGUUAUUAGGAGCGGGAGAAUCCGGAAAAAGUACGAUCGUAAAACAGAUGCGAAUUUUGCACGUAGACGGUUUCGACGCAGAAGAAAAGAAGGAAAAGGUCGAAGACAUCCGACGAAAUAUCAAAGACGCCAUAGUGACUAUUACCUCCGCGAUGAACGUUAUCACGCCUCCCGUGGCCAUAGCCAAUCCGGAAAACGUGCCUAAGCUAAAAUUUGUGCAGGAUGCGGCAAGUCAAGCCGAAUUCAAUUAUUCCAACGAAUUUUACGACGCAACAAAGUCGCUAUGGGCGGACGCCGGAGUUCAAGCAUGUUUCGAACGCUCCAACGAAUACCAACUCAUCGACUCCGCGAAAUACUUUUUAGAUCGCAUCGAUAUGGUUCGUAAAAGUGACUAUACACCGUCUGAACAAGACAUUCUUAGAUGCCGUGUCAUAACAUCCGGGAUAUACGAAACUAAAUUUCAAGUUGAUCGGGUCAAUUUCCACAUGUUCGACGUGGGCGGUCAGCGUGAUGAACGUCGAAAAUGGAUUCAAUGCUUCAACGACGUUACGGCCAUCAUAUACGUGACGGAAUGUUCGAGUUACAACAUGGUCCUUAGGGAAGACCCCAAUCAAAAUAGGUUGAGGGAAAGUCUCGACCUUUUCAAGACCAUUUGGAAUAAUCGUUGGUUGAGAACCAUUAGCGUUAUUCUAUUCCUCAAUAAACAAGACCUUUUGGCCGAAAAAAUUUUAGCUGGGAAAUCCAAGUUGGAAGAAUACUUUCCCGAUUUCGCUACUUAUCAAACACCGCCCGAUGCAAUCGCGGAACCCCGCGAAAAUCAACUCGUGACUCGAGCCAAAUAUUUUAUUCGGGACGAAUUCUUAAAAAUAAGCACGUCUAGCGGGGACGGAAAACAUUAUUGCUACCCUCAUUUCACGUGCGCCGUCGACACCGAAAACAUACGAAGGGUCUUCAACGACUGUCGUGACAUCAUCCAACGAAUGCAUUUAAGACAAUACGAACUCUUGUGAAAUUAUUUUCAAAAUGGCUUCCUCACAAUACCACACCCCUUAAAUUAAGGGCGUACAAGUUAUUCAUCUCAAUCACCCAAUACCUCCUCUUCAAAACUACAUGCCUAAAAAAUUCCUUUUGAUUUAAGACAUAAAUUUGGACAAUGUCAAAUUAUUUUUUAAAAAAUAGGCCUGCCAAUCACAAAUAUUUCUAACUAAUAGGAAAAUAUAUUUCUAAAAAGAUACAUUAAGGAUACGUUAUAACCAUAACUUUUCUCGUAACUUAAAUGUAAAGCAGUGAUGAGAUUCUCGUUAGCAUUUUAGCUUAAAAAGAUUUGUUAUUUUUCCAAAUUAUUGCGCUUUAUUUUUGUACCAAGUUGCCCCCGUUUGCACAUAACUUUCUUUAAAUUUUGACAAACUUUCUUGUCCAUAAAAUUGAAAUAUAGAUUCAUGAAUCUUCCUUACCAUAAAUGUAUAUUUUCUUGCCUAUAGUUUUUGAAUGUAUAUUAUAUAAAAAAAUUUAUUUUUAAAAGUAUUAGCAUUUUAUGGAGCUGUUUAUAUUACCGCUUUUAUUUUUCUUUUUUGAAAAUAAAAAUUUUGAAAAAAACAACAUUUUAAUGUAAUCGCGACAACCUAUCCCUUAAAACUAUUCAAAAAAAAAAUUUUUUUUUUGUGAAAUACAUUUGAUAAAUAAUAUUAUAAUAUGCAACCCUUAGACCUAUUCCGACAGUAAUUAGACUUCUUUUAUUUUGUUAAUUAUUUAUAUCUAAAAUGUGAUGGAUGGAUGAUAUUCAGUCAAUCCCAUUCUUUAUUAAUUUGCCCAUUCUACAAAUCAUGUCAAUUAUUUUCAUUAAUAUACUCUCCCCCCCCCCUUUGUUAAGCCUUUUUUUAAAAAAAUAUUCUUAUAAUAUAAUAUUUAUUAUUGUUUUUUUCCUCAUAUAAAUGGCGCUUACCAUUAAAAAGAUGUUAUUUUUCCUCCUCCCAACAAAUAUGAUCGAUAUUAUACACAUCCUUUUUUAAAAAAAAAAUUAUAAUUUAUUUAAAACGAAAAUUAAUUUUCAGUAUUUUGACUUAAUCAAUGCCCUUUUUAAAAAAUUACGAUUUUUUUUAAAGGUAAUUUGAGUUAACGUUUUGCGAACCUUAUUAUCAAUUUUUGGCAAAUUUUACGAGGG